UUCAUAUAUCUUAUAAAUUCCGUGUCUCUUAUAUAUAGGAUUAGGUUUUGAAAUAACUUAGUGUCCACAAACAAGAAUAGAUAACAAAAAACAAGAAAAGAGAAAAGAAAAAAAAAAUAUACUCAUGGAAUAUUCCCAAUCUCCCAUGUAUUCUUCUCCGAGUUCUUGGAGCUCAUCACAAGAAUCACUCUUAUGGAACGAGAGUUGCUUCUUUGAUCAAUCUUCUGAUCCUCAAUCUUUCUUGUGCCCUAAUUAUCAUGAUUACUCCGAUGACUUUUUCUCAUUUGAGUCGUCGGAGAUGAUGGUGAAGGAAGAGAUCCAAAACAGUGAAGUUUCCAACUCCGAGGAGGAAGAAAAGGUUGGGAUUGAUGAAGAAGAAAGAUCAUACAGAGGAGUGAGGAAAAGGCCGUGGGGCAAAUUCGCAGCUGAGAUAAGAGAUUCCACUAGGAACGGGAUUAGGGUUUGGCUCGGGACGUUCGACAAGGCCGAGGAAGCCGCUCUUGCUUACGAUCAAGCGGCUUUCGCCACGAAAGGAUCUCUCGCGACACUUAAUUUCCCCGUGGAAGUGGUUAGAGAGUCGCUCAAGAAAAUGGAGAAUGUGAAUCUUCAUGACGGAGGAUCUCCGGUUAUGGCCUUGAAGAGGAAACAUUCGCUUAGGAACCGGCCUAGAGGGAAGAAGAGAUCCUCUUCUUCGUCUUCUUCUUCUUCUAAUUCAUCUUCUUACUCUUCUUCUUCAUCUGCUUCUUCAACAUCAAGAAGUAGUAAGCAGAGUGUUGUGAAGCAAGAAAGUGGUACACUUGUGGUAUUUGAAGAUUUAGGUGCCGAGUAUUUAGAACAACUUCUUAUGAGCUCAUGUUGAUCUUGUAAUUAGUAUUCAGCUAAAGCUACUAUUAAACUUUAAUUUUGUGAUAAUGAUCUUGAAAUUUCUUUGUUCAUUCUGCAAUUUCUUUGGUUCUCUUAUUUUUUGUUUGUUGUAUCCAAAUGAAAUUAUUGGAAUAGAGGCGAUGGUGAUGUUGAA